AUUUCUUCCUCCCGUCACCUCACACUGUGGUGCCACGGUACGAUCUCCUUUCUUCCUCCUUGCACCCGAGACUUGUCGCACAAAUACUCUCUCUUUCGCUUCUCCACCUUCUCCGAAGAUAUGGCGCUGCGCAUUGGACAAGUCCUUCGAGGAGGAAAAGGAAAGUAUGAGCUACUGGAGCAGUUGAAAGGUUCCAGUGUCUUCAAAGCCCGGGUGUUGUCCAACCCUUCAAUCCAAGCAGAAUGGGCUAUGGUCAAAUCUGCAGCUACCAAGGACGAGAAGAUGUGCUUGAAGCGCGAAUACCGCAAUUACGGGAUCCACGAAAUUGCGUCGAGCCCAUACAUCCGAGCUAUGUACGAUACUGUACGGUCAAAUGGAGAUCAAGACGACCCAUCAUGCCUGGUAUUUGAAUGGAUGGAUCAUGAUAUGCGAUCGGUACGCGCCGACCAAUUCCGAGGCGAUCCAAGGCUACCCAGAGUCGUGUCCCAGGCGGUCCUGUCAGCCCUCAAACUUUUUAAAACACUUAAUGCUGUCCAUACAGAUGUUAAUGUGAACAACAUUUACGUCUCCGAUAUCGAUAGACGUUCUCCGAUUGCUAAGCUAGGAGACUUAGGGAAUUUGAUUACCGAUGGCUCUACAAAACAACGUCUUCAAAGCCUACCGUGUAGAGCGCCCGAGGUCUGGCAAGGUUUAGGGUGUCGACACUCCUCAGAUGUAUGGUCCUUUGGUGUUACGUUGGCACGUCGGUUAUCAACGCGACCCUUGUUUGGCCCUAGCGACAAGAUAAUUGAAGGGCAUACUGAAGCGUGGUGCAUUGCGAAAAUCAUCCGUCUCGUUGGCCCGCUAGGUGAUCCUAUUGAUUGCCAGACCUACAAGGAGGAGUUUGAGCUUGCAGAACAAUUAGCGGUCAUGGAAAAUCCGCAUAAUGGCAUGAAGCUCAUUAACGGAGGCAACUGGCGUGAGGAACUACAGCGACUCCCAGGUCCCCCAGUGUCGCCGGAAUUACUAGACUUUAUCGAGUCUUUACUCAUUGUCGACCACAGCAAGAGACCCACAGCUUCGGAGGCAUUGCUACAUCCCUAUUUGCAAUCCUCUGCGUGAAGAGACAUUGGCUCUUGCGAAGCAUAGAAACCGACGGGGAUAUUGCAAAAGAAACAAACAAGAGCAGUUCAUCUACUUCGUCAAAGCGUGAGCUAAGGAGGGCGACAAAUCCUCCUUUUACUAAAUAAUACAAGGUUUUCGUGUUGCAUUGAUGCUGUGGCUACAGCUUAGUAUCAGACGAUGUCCAUAUUGAC